GAAUUGUAGACAAAGAUGACGUGUAUACUAUUGCCAAACUCCAGUUUUAUCCACAUUCCACCUUUCCCCUCCCCAUUCUACAGUAGAUCUAAUUGGUGGAACAGGUGGGAUCGUAACAGGUGGGAUCAGGGAACUAAGUCCACCAGUUCUACCACCAGUACCACCAGUACCACUUCCACCACUACUACCACUACCACCACAACCACCACUACUACCACACCCUCGCCGCCCAAGGACUUAAAGAAGAAUUAUAAGGAUCCGGUUAAAGCGCCUGACGGGGAGUGUGAGGACAGGAUCGCCAACAUCGCGGGAAGUCUUACCUGUCAGGAGUUCCUGAGGUCUUACGGCUUCCGCUACUGUGGUCACCGUUACAUCCAGAAGAACUGCUGUCGCUCACAGAAGGAGAUGUGCAGCGGUCGCUAGUGAAGGGCGCGGGGGGCGUACCUGGCCGCGAGCCACGCCAGGUGAAGGCUUCAAGCACCCCAGGCCCCACCCCAUACCCAAGAUGGCGCGGGGCCAACCCACCUCACGGGGCACCUCGGGCUUCACACACCUGGAGGGCCCCUUACAUGUCUAGUGGCUUCAUACACUUGGUGGCUUCGUUGAUCGAGGGUUCCUCAUGCCCUGGUGACCUCACACACUCUGUGGCUUCACUUACGUAGGCCCCAGACAUAAGAAGCCCUGUCAUCCGGGGAGGACCUUCGUCAGAGGAAGCCCUCCGCCCUUACAUCUUAGGAGCUCCCUCUUUAAAAGAUGCCGAUACCUAGGGGGCUCCUUAACACCAAUAGUGGAUUCGGUCGCAUGCGGGUGGGAGACGCGGGAGGAGGUGGGUGGCGGCACAAGGCCCUCCCAGCUGCGGCGGCGGCUUGCUGGCGAGGCGACGGCGCGGGGAUGGCGCCCCUAAAAGGCCUGAUGUCCUUAUGGGAUUCGGUGCCAAGGGGUGCCUCACCCAGUGGGGACCAGUACCCAGGGCCCUCCGAGACCUGGAGGGCAGCGGCCAGCCACCCACCACCAACCACCCCCACCCCGGUCACACUGCACGUUCCCUGCCCCUCCACCACCCACAUCCACACAACACUCUGUACCUGACAGUACAUGAUACACUCUCACCACACAGCCUCACCCUCCUCACAACACACCAGGGCCACACGGCCUCACCCUCCUCACAACACACCAGGGCCACACGGCCUCA